AUGCAGGACCACGAAAAAAGUAAAGAAAAUACCCAAAAUACAUUGGCAGAUGUGCAUGUUAUUUUGUUGGAUGGUGGUACUGAAAAAUUCUGUUUAUCUGAACGAUGUUUGGGUCUGGAUUUAUUUACUUUAGUCAUUAAAAAGAUUGGUACUUUUCAAAAUGAGUACUUCGGGCUGCUAUAUUCUGAUUUUGAAGGCAACAGCUGCUGGGUUGAUAACAACAAACCCCUUACAAAGGUCUUGAGAAAUUCAAGUACAAGACCUCUGGAGCUUUUGUUUGGAGUUAAAUUUUUUACUCCGUAUCCAAAUCUAAUAGAAGAUGACCUUACAAGGUACCUGUAUGCUCUACAAAUCAGGAACGACUUCUUUCAAGGUUUGUUACACAGUAAUCGUAAUACCAGUCUCUUGCUUGCAGCAUUCAUUGCACAGUCCCAGUUGGGUGAUUUUCAAGAGUCAGAAUGUCGGUCGUAUGCAUACUUAAAGAAGCAUCAUUUAUUUAGAACAGCACCAGAUUCGUACUUAAUGCGUCUUAUGGAACUGCAUCAAACGUUGAUAGGAAUUUCAAAAUCGGAAGCCGAUUAUCGUCUUUUAGAUGCUGCUCGCAAAGUCGAAUUGUAUGGAAUUCGUUUACAUGCCGCAAAGAACACAGAAGACAAACCAGUAAAUUUAGGAGUUAACCAUUUCGGAAUUAUGAUAUUUGAGAAUUUUUCUCGUAUGAACACCUUCAAUUGGUCAAUGAUUCGUAAACUUAGUUUCAAACGUCGUAAAUUAUUAAUUAAACUUCAUAUGGAAGCAUAUAGUUACGGAAAUGACAUCAUAGAAUUCUCAUUUCCUACACGUAAUAGUUGUAAAAACUUUUGGAAAAAAUGUAUUGAACAGCAUACAUUUUUUCGUUCUAUCUCACCAUAUGGUAAUAGGAAGUGCGGUACAACCAAUCAUCGUAAUUCUGUCAUAUUUCCUCAUUCAUUUACGAAUAUUUUCACUUUACCAUUUGGAAAACUUCAUAGAUCAGCUAGUUGUGAAGCGAACGGUCUAUUAAACUCAAAAGCAUCAACUCAUAAACAAAACAAUGAAAUAAGUUCUGACAUUACUCCCGUUAAACGAGUCAAUCAUUUGAAUCGAUCAGGAUCUAAUUCUCACUUUUCAUCUGAAUAUAACUCAUCUAGUUUAAAGUUUAAUCCAUAUUUUGAUGUUCGAACAGCAUCGAUGCGUAGAAAAUCGCAUGCUUUGACAAAAUUACUUUCUCAGCAAACUCCAAUCACUGGUGGUGGUGAACACAUUGAACUAUUUCGUCUUUCAUUCACUUCACUGAUUCCAUAUUCAUCUUUAUCAUUUGAUAGUAAUAAUAUUCCUGGAGCCUCGUCUACUCUACCAGAAAGAAGUAGUUUCAAAUGGAAUUGUAAUCGUGCGGUCAGUACGUCAUCAAUAGAUCGUCAAUUGUCUUCUUGUAGACGGAAACUCAGUACACAUUCAUACGUUCCUCGUCAUUUUUCGGGCACUAUCAGCAGACAAUCAUCCGCAUCGGAAGAUGUGAAUGCUUUAGAUUGGUCUGAUUGUAAAUUUUACAAUCAACGAUCUACCCUCACAAAUUACAACUCAAAGAAUUCAGUGAAUAUAUUCAAGCCAUCUGAAAAUGUGUCAGUCUGUUCAUCUUCUUGUUCUUUAACUUCGGAAUCCUAUCCUAGACCAGUGUCAGCAGACGAUGAACCGUUAGAUCAUACGCAAUUUUUAUUAACCUCAAAAAGUGAUCUGUCGAAUCUUUAUGUUUGUGAAUUAGAUUGGAGUGCAGAUGAAAAGGAUACAUCACCUAUAUCUGUAAUCUCUACCAAACAACGUAAACAGACUUUAACAAGUCAAAUACGUUCUCCGUUUAUGUCAUCUAUUAAUCAAUUUAAUGAGACAACAGAAAUUAAAAAACAUCAUAUUUAUCAAAAAGAACAUGAUUUAAAUAUCGGAAUGGGAAAUUAUCCAACAUCUAUUGAUAAUAUGGAACAAUAUGCAUACAGAAUUGAUAAUCAACAAACAAUAAUUCCUGCUUUUAAAAAUAACAUUCAAGAAGAACAAGGUAGUAAUGAUUAUCAUGAAAAUAUUGAUAAAAUAAUUCAUAAUACUAAAUUCCUAGAGGUUAACGAAUCAAAUGAUGAUAUAUGUGAUCUUGUCAGUCAUAACAAUUCAGAAAGUGUGACAUUUGUACAACUGUCACCGUCACAUAUUCCUGUGGAUCUUUUCAAAGUAUUUUCAGAAAAUGAAUGUAAUGAUGACGACGAAGUGCAUGUGGUAAAACAAGAAGAGAUCAAUGAAUAUAUUGAUGAAAUCGAUACUGGAAAAAAAAUUGAGAAUGAAUAUGAUCAAAAAGAAAUUCUGUCCAUUAGUGGUGUUGUCUCUGAUUUAGAGUCAUUCGACAUAUCUCAUCAUCAUAAUCAUUCAAUACAUACAACUAACAAUUCAGUAGUAUCAACUGAACCUGAAGAGAUAUCAUUGGAUAAUAGAACAAACUGUGUUAUUACAACAUCAAUAAUAAGUGAUGAUAUUGUUCAAAGUGAAUUAAUCGAUGACAUGGAAAGUGAUAUUCCAUCAGAUCAACUGUAUGAUAAUGCUGCUGAUGAAGCUCCAGAAAGUUUAGCUGAUGCGAUAUCAUUAGGUGCUAUUUCUUUGAUCACUGGUCUGUCAGAAGUUGACGGUGAUGACAAUGAUGAUGAUAAAAAUUACGCAGAUGACGGCAAUCUGUAUAACAGCAAUAAAGAAAUUAGCUCAAAUAAACAUUUGUCAUAUCUUGAUUCAGAUCAUUAUAGAAAAGGGAAGCAUUCAAAAAGCCUAACUCAUUUAUCAAAAUCAAUAAACAACAAUAAUAAUGCAAAAUCCGAUGAACUCUCUGUGAACAAACAAUCUGUUUAUGAUCUUUUUCGUGUUAAAUCUCAACAAUUAUCCUCAAAGCAACAGCAUACUAUACCAUCCUCAUUAUUUUUAUCACAUUUUUCAAUGGAUAAUGAUUCAUCUAUACCUUCAGCUUUGUUAUCGUGCAAAAUAUCUACACCAGAAUUUGAUGAUACUUUACCCAUAACUAAACAAAGAACUCUUGAAUUACUGAAAAUUACCUCAGGGUGUUUAGAUAUUUUUAAAGAAGUCUUACUGACAGAAUCUAUGUACAAUCAUGACUUGGAAUUUUUGAUGACGGCUCCAUUGGAUACUGCUAAUGCGUUCAACGCAAAAUCACUAACUCACUGGUUACAAGCUCGUCUAUUGCCAAUCCUGAAACCUAUAAUCGAUAGACAAACAUCUUUUCUUCAUCAACUAAAAAUAACUAUAUCCACAUUGAAACGCUUAAUAACAAAAGUAAAACUCCUUGGGAAAAAUAUUUUACCAUUAAAAUCACAUGAUGACCAUGUGGAGUCUGUAUCUGAAUGUUUGACAGUUGAUUGUGAAUCACCUCUUUAUGAUAUGAACUACACAUCAAAAGGUUAUGUCAAUUCAUCUGAAUCAUCUAUGUCUCAUAUCGUAUUAAAAUUUAGUAAAAAUGAACAAUUGUCCAGUUCGGAAAUUUCUAGCUGUAAUGUUUCACCUUAUUUUAAACAUAAACAUAAAAAAUAUGGUUUGCAUUUAACAUUGAAACAGUUACAUAGUCUUAGUUGUUUUACAGAUUUACUAAUGAAUUUAUUAGAUCAAGUACAGUCUUAUGAAAUUUGGAUUCGAAAUUCAGCUGAUUUACUCACAGAAUUAUGGUUUUUAGCAUUUGUUGAUAUUCUUUCAUCAUAUUCCAACAUAGAUGAAGAGAGUGGUAAUUAUCAUUUAAAUAACAACAAUUUCGCUAAUAUUGAUAAUGAUAAUACUGAAAAUAUUCAGUCACUUAUUCAUAAAUAUCUGCAUUCGAAUAAUAAUCAAUGCAAGGAUAAGAAUUUAGAAACUUCUUCAGCAAUCACACGGAAAGUAUUAUAUAAUUUAGAAAGUCGAUUAUCUUCUGUUGGUUCCUUAUGGCAUUAUUUAUUGUUGCCUGGUCGACGAUUUCGUAGUUAUUGUAACCUGUUACAAUCUCUAGUGAAUCAAAUGUCAACUCAUUCAAGUUCAGUUUUCUGUAAAGCGAUUUUCGGACAUUAUAUACUAUCGAAUCGAUCUUUAAGUAAUACUUUAGACCGAUGUGAAAGAGUUGCUUUAACACUGCAGCUGUCAAUAAUUAUAUUCCCUAUGGAGAAUUUCUUGUUCACUCCAAAUAAGUGUAUCAAUGAAAACCUAGAAAACGAUCAUUAUUCAUCUUGUCCCAACACCACUCACCAUAAUAAUAGUGAAAAAGUACAUCAUAAUGGCACUUCCGAAAGUGAUAAAUCUGCUGAUUUAAUGUCUAUUUCGUCAUUUUUACAAUCUUCCAUAAUUACUCAUCCAAUAAUUCAUUUUGGUUGGUUAAAUAAAUAUUCACGACGCGGAUUUCAGCCUAGAUUAGUUUUUCUGUUUACAGAUCGUUUAAUCUAUACUAGUAGAAUACGUGGUGUAACUGGCUUAUACUUAAAACUGCAUGCUAUCAUAACACUUUCAAAUGUUAUACUUGAGAAAAACAUCUCACAUGAAAACCAAACCAACAGUAAUCAAGUCUCUGAUUCGAUGUAUUUAAAAUUCGGCUUAGUAGUAACAUAUACAAGUCGUUCUCCAGUUCGUAAGUUAUCAGGUAUAUCAAAUUCAUGUUCUGUUAAUCAAGAUGAUCCAACAUCUAAUUGUUCCCAAGUUUCAAAAAUGAAGUCACAAUCUAUCGGGAAACAAUACAACAAACGCAGACAAUCUCUCACACAUCGUAGUGACAACGCUUUCUCUAACCAUGCUCCGCAAUCUUCUAAAUACACUGUUUCAGGUGUUACUCGUCUGCGUGAUUCAUCUAUCUCAAAGUUAAUUUUCACAGAAAUUACGCAACGAUGUCUAGCUAACGACAGUACUUAUAAAUGUCAAUCGGAAUCUGUUGAUAUUCAACAUAACUCUCAAACUCCUACAUCAUUAAUACCUACAUUUCAAAAUAGUUUCGCUGAACAUUGUUGGCGACAACAUGCAUCUAUAUCAUCCGUCAAACUGCUGAAUACAAUUGAUAAUGAAAUGUCUGGUUAUUUAUUUCGUCUAUCUAAACGUGGCACAAGUAGUAAACAAAAAUUAUGGACCAUUUUAUCAGAUAUGUGCUUAAAAUUUUAUAACACAUACAAUCAUCAUAAAUUAUUAGCACGUUUAUGGUUAUCAACCAAUAGGUGUACUGUUGAAUUAAUAUCAACUAAUUCAUUACUGUAUGGUGAAUGUUCAACUAGAUUAGUGGAUGUUGAACAUGAUCAACAACGACAGCAUUAUCGUGUACCACCUAAUCAUAUUAUUAAAAUAUCUGUCAAUACUAAAGAUUAUUAUUUUCAAGCUGAAAAUGUUUACCUCUUGAAAAGAUGGUUCAAUUCCAUUUCUAACAUACUAACAUGUUCCUCAAUUCGAAGAAAUUCAAUUCAAUCUAUAAUGGCAAAUGAUAAUUUAGUUCUUUUCAAUGAUGCAUUAUCAACAUCAUCUACACUGUUGUCAACAUCUAAUGCUAAAUUAAUAUUCACCUGUAAAUCUAAUUGUUCUGAUCAUAAUUCAAAAUAA